UGUCUGCCUCAGAUUUGACGCGGGCAUUCCGCGCCUGUGGUUUUCUUCCUCUCCCUUCCUCUUGAACCUUCACAACUUUUCAAGUUAUAGACAAUGCAUGCACGCGUAUCGGCCACGCAACAGGAGGCGCGCGUAAACGCAUUGCAACAGGAGGCAGACAGGCUUCAGCAGGAACUCGGGAUUGGUGAAGACGCAGCGAAAAUCGUCGACAAUCAUAUCAAACUCCUUCAUCGGUACAACGAAAUCAAGGACGCGACACAGGUGGGGGUAUACACGACAUGGCGGUUGAAAUAUAUUGAUCAUUCUUUGGAACUCAUAUGGUGGUACAGAUGCUGAUAGGAAGGCUGGCGAACAUCAAGGAAAUGACUGUCAGAGAGAUUCAUAGAGAGAUGGACCUCCCGGAGACGGAUUGAUCUGGGGCCAUUAAGUAUUGCAAGUUUAAAGUUCAUUCAAGGAGCAAGCUCGUCAAGUAUACCUCAAGUGAUAAUACCCUUUCACGAUGCUUUGUGUAUAUAGAGAUCCGAAGAGAACUCUUUCUUUCUCGUGAA